UUCUAGAGUUCAGAGCAAGCACUUGUCUCUGAAGGGACAUUAUAAAAUAUCUUUUCGAUUAAUAAUUCAACCAUUACAUCGCCCACUAAACUAUACAAUUCGUCAAAUUAAAUUUUAAAAGUACCUAAAUAAUUAUAUUAUUCGCAUGUGGCAAUAAUUUUCCAAAUGUCAAAUUGAAAAUUUAAGUCAUUCUUAUUCUUUGUAUUGAUAUUUUGUUCUUUAUUUAAGUCAUUGGCGACUGGCGUUCAUUUGUUAGUAAUUCCAUUUGUAUUAGAAUACUACUACAUAAAAUCUUGUAAAAAAAUUACGUAAAAUGGAAAACGAUGUUAUAAAGCCUUAUAAAAUAUGUGAUGUAAAUCGAGAGAAGAAAAAAGGUGUAGUGGCAUCAUCUCUAGAAGAUUUAGUUACUAAAGUACCCGAUAAGUUGGGUUUACCUGCUGAAAAUCUGACUGUAGUUCUAGAGUCAGAUGGUACUGAAGUAGAUGAUGAAGAAUACUUUUCUACUCUGGACCCAGAUACUUCACUUAUGAUAUUACAUGGUAAAGAAAAGUGGGCCCCAAACAUGCCAAAGUGCCAAGUAUCACUUGAUCAAACAGAUGAAGUAACACUAGGUGAUAAAGGACAAGUUGCUAGCCUGGUGGGUCGUUUACAACACAAUCUUUGUCAUAUUUCUCUUCUUGGAGGACAGGACUUGGAAUUACUCUCAGACAUGGACCCAGACAGUCUUGCUGAUAUAGUGACAGAUAGGGAUAACAGGAUCAUUUUGGAACACAUCAAAGAAGCCUCAGGAAGGAUACUACUAGAAAAACGUCAAGCACAAGAUGCCAUGGAGCUUUUGAAGUUGUAUCAUCAAAGUGUUGCGAAUGGUACUGAAGAUGUUACACCACCAAAACAAGAAAGAGUUUAAAACAACAUGAUAACCAACCAGGAUUCAUGUACUGAAACCUAUUAGCAUAAUCCUUGAUUUGUUUAAGGGAUAUUACUGGUCACAAAGGUUUACAAAGAAUGUCUCUUGACAUCUUUCGAAUGACAUUACAAAAUAAUUGAUAUUCCCAUUUGCAAAUCAAGGUGUUAUCAAAAUUUUAAUAGGACAAUUGGAUAGAUACUUAUCUAGUACUGAUAAUUUUUUUAAAUACACCAAAUUAAUGAGGCCUUUUUUAUAAUAGACAACAAAAUUUGUAGAUUCAGUUCAUAUUUGGUCCAUUUCAUCUUUUAUUUUAAUCUAUAACUAAAAUUAUUAAAGUUAUUGGAAUUACAAUAGUUAGUGUAAACAUUCAAUAUGAUCGUAAUCUAUAAUUAUUUAGGAUGUUUAAAAUAUAAGCAGGUAGGUAUGUGAUGAAGUAGUAUUAAGUUACUUAUUAUUUAAGACAAUCUUAUGAAUAUGAGCUGAAAUUGAAAGUUAAUUGUAAUACCUAAGUAAAUAAGUAUCAUUAGGAUGUGGUCUAGAUCUUCAUUUGUAUAAUUUAUAUAUUUAAUAGUAAUAAAAUUGUUUUACUGUCAUUUUGUAAAAUUUAUACAUGCAAGUUUUUAAGGUAUUGAUUUAUAUUUAAAAAUAAACUAGGUGCUACACCAAUUUGUAGUAAAAAAUAAAAUUAGGGCAGUGACUUCAUGGCUUAAAAUUAAUGAUGAAAUAUAAAAUAAAAUUCUGUUAUUAACUUAUAAAAUCAUCUCCUCAAUGUGGCACAAAAUAUAUUGACAAUAUUUUAAAUGGUAAAUAUUGUUAUGAUCAUUAUUCGAUUUUUUUUUAUUAAUUGUGUAUGUAAGUAUUGUAAUAUGCUGUGGCUAUCACUGUAAGAUUACUUAGACAAUGAAGACAUUGAUGUUCUAUUUGAUAUAAUAAACAUCUUCCAUUUACCUGUUUCAAUGGAAAUAAUGUUUUCCUGUAAAUUAAUUCAAUGUACUGUAUAUUGUUUCUGUAAAACAAUACAUUAUGCGAUAAUAGUUAUGAAUAGUAAAGAUCUAAAGUCUAACUAGAAUAGUGACUUUAGAUCUAAAGAAAUUCUUUAUUUAGAUGUGAGUAAUUUUUUUUAUUCUGUUUCUGUAAAAUUUUGAGUAACAAAUUGCCACAAGGUUGAUAAACAACAUCAAUUCAAAAGACUGAUAGUUGGUAAACUUAUUUUUUUUAUAUAGUUUUACCCCUAGCAUAAGAUUACUUGUUUUCAUUCCAAAUUGCUCAAACCAUUACUGUAUAAGUUAUUUGCUAUUCAAUUCCACUGCCAUAGUUUGAAAUGUGAGCAUUGCUAUUCCUAAUCCAUAAUAUUGUGGGACUGUAAUAUUAGGAUUUGUGAUAUGAAUGAGAAUCUUAAUAUUUAAAGUAUAAUAUUAUUUUCUCACAUUGAUUUUAUUAAGAUUUGAUGGCCAUGUAACUGUUGUCUUUUAUUAUUAAAUUUUUUUAAGUAUACAUAAAAAAAUAUAUAUAAACUUAAUUUGUACAGAUAAUAUAUCAGUAAUACACAUAUAACAUUUGCCUUUCACAUGUAGUAACCUAUUUUCACUGCUAGUUUUACUCUGUUUUACUUAACAUAUUUGCAAAUUGCUUGUUUGUUAUUCUUAAUUGCACUUUAUCAAAUAUAUUAAUGUUUGUUGCACAUCCAUUUUAUUGGUUUCAGUGUACAAUAGAAUGUAGCAAAAAUAUUGCAUACAAAUAUGUUAAAAAAAAAAUCUGAAUUAACUACAAAAUUUUCAUUUGUAAACUCUGAAUUGUAAUGGAAAUUCUUUUGCAGCUCUGAUUAAUUUUAUUUUUUAAUGUAUCUCAACAUAUGCAUUAAAUAUAACAUAUGUAAUUGUAAGAAUAACAAAUUUAAUAUCUCCAACAUGGUUACAUACAUAUCCUCAUUACUGUAAUCCCAGAUGAGGUAAGCAAGUGUGUUUUCUUGUAAACUGUCUAUAUGAAGGACAAUGUAAAACUUGAGAUGGCAAUAUUUGGUAAUAAAUAUGUGCCAGUGGGGAACCUCCCCACUGUCUCGAAUUAAUAUUCUUUAUUAUGAUACUAAUAUAUGGAAUUGUUUCGCUUUAUAAUACCAGUAGAGGAUUUGAUAUUUUUUAUUUUAUUGCACAAUAAUAUUUAUUAGCAGACA